AUGGUGCUCGAACGCCUCAAGCAGAUCGCAUCCCACAUCACACACCAAGUCGCCCAGAGCCAUCCUCUCGAUCCUCUCUCAGCCGAUGAGAUUGCGGAAGUCGUCGCAAUCGUUAAGCGAGAGCAUCCCGAUGUCCACUUCAACACGAUCACGUUAUGGGAGCCUCGCAAGGCCGAGAUGAUGCUUUGGAAGUCUUCGCCGACCGAAGCAGCGAGGCCUCACAGGGUUGCAGAUGUCGUCACUAUCGGCAGAGGUAGCAAAGUGUUCGAUGGUCUGGUAGAUUUGAACGAGGGACGACUGGUCGCCUGGGCGCAGGUUGAUGGCGUACAACCUAUGCUUACCAUGGAGGACCUGCAAAUUGUGGAGACCAUCGUCCGGAAAGAUCCCAAGGUUAUCGAGCAAUGCGGUCUGCUCGGAAUCCCACCACAGGACAUGUACAAGGUGUACUGCGAUCCGUGGACGAUCGGCUAUGACGAGCGAUUCGGCUCCAAGCUUCGUCUCCAACAAGCGCUCAUGUACUAUCGACCUCACAUCGACGAUUCGCAAUACACUUAUCCGCUAGACUUCUGCCCGAUCUACAACGCUGAUACCCAGGAGGUUAUCCACAUCGACAUUCCCAAAGUACGCAUCCCGCUCAACACUGCUCCAGCUGCCAACUACCAUGCCGAAGCUCAAAAGGCCAGGGGUGGGUAUCGCACAGAUCUGAAGCCCUUGAACGUUGACCAGCCGGAAGGUGUUUCCUUCAAGAUGGAUGGUCGGGUUCUGAAAUGGCAGAACUGGAGCGUUCACGUCGGUUUCAACCAUCGCGAAGGUAUCGUUCUCUCGGAUAUUUGCUACAACGACCAGGGCACUGUUCGACCGGUAUUCUGGCGCCUCUCUCUCGCCGAAAUGGUCGUGCCGUAUGGAAACCCGGACCAUCCCCAUCAACGGAAGCAUGCUUUUGAUCUCGGCGAGUAUGGAGCUGGAUUUAUGAGCAAUGAGCUUUCACUGGGGUGUGAUUGCAAAGGAGCUAUCCACUACCUCGACGCCACUUUCGGCAAUCGUGCGGGUGUACCGCAGACGAUCAAGAACGCCAUCUGUAUACACGAAGAAGACGCGGGGAUUCUGUUCAAGCAUACCGACUUCCGUGACAACUCAUGCACCGUAACACGCGCACGCAAGCUUGUAGUUAGCCACGUCUUCACUGCUGGAAAUUAUGAAUAUGGGGUGUAUUGGAUUUUCCACCAAGACGGGACUAUCCAGCUCGAGAUUAAACUUACCGGCAUAUUGAACACGUACGCCCUCGCACCAGGCGCAUCGGCUGCACCUUGGGGAACCGAGGUCUAUCCCGGUGUCAAUGCACACAAUCACCAGCACCUCUUCUGCCUUCGCGUCGAUCCGAACAUCGAUGGCGCAGAGAACACCGUCUUCCAGGUCGAUGCCACCCCGGGAGAAGGCGAGGUCGGUAGCGAGACGAACAAAUACGGCAAUGCAUUUUACGCCAAGAAGACCAAAUUGAGCACGCAGGCGACUGGAAACAGCGAUUACAACGGGUCUACAGGCCGCACGUGGGAGAUUGCGAAUACCAACAAGCUUAACGCUCACAGCAAAAAGCCAGUUGCCUACAAGCUGGUGAGCCGCGAGGUUCCGAGUCUGCUUGCGAAAGAGGGAGGCCUCGUAUGGAAACGCGCUGGGUUCGCCAGACAUGCGGUUCAUGUCACUAAAUAUUCUGACGACCAAAUCCAUCCUGCAGGUCGCCACGUCCCACAGACCUCGGGCGAGCCAUCCCAAGGCAUUCCUGCCUGGAUAGCAGCGGACCCCGAUGCCAGCAUCGACAAUACUGACGUUGUGCUUUGGCACACCUUUGGCGUCACACAUUUCCCUUCGCCCGAGGACUACCCGGUCAUGCCCGCGGAACCUAUGACCGUCCUUCUCCGGCCGCGCAACUUUUUCACACAGAAUCCGGUGAUGGAUGUGCCGCCUUCGUACUCGAGCACGCCUAGCCAGGUUGCUGCCGGGAAGGCGGGUCUCCGCGGGGUGGUUGACCGCUUCAGCCGGUUGGCGUUCGGUGGAACACAGCAGAAGCCGGCCAGUACCGAUUGCGAUUGCAAGUGA